GAUUUGGUCGGCGGUGUUGAUUUGACUGGAGUGGUGAUCGAGGAUGAUGCCGAAGAUGAGUUAUCGUCAGUGCUGGAGAGAGCCCGAAAGAUACGACAAGCUGAGAUUAAGAAGGAAGAUACCGAAGUGGAUUCAGCAGCAAAAUCUGGAAAAGGGAUGGGAAGUGGGGUUUUGCCGGACGAAGAUCACUUUUCAUUAGGAGAAGCGAGAAAAAUCCUUUCGUUUCUAACUACAGUAUGGAUUCAGAAUGAGUGA